AUGUCACUUCGAGUGUGCAGCUGUUGCCGAGGGAAGGAUGGUGCACCUUGCAAGCACCAGUACCUCAUUUGGGCUGCAAAUAUUGCCACAUGUGUCAACUUUGUGCCAAUUUCUGACCCAGAUGAAUGGCAAAAGUUGGCAGCUAUUGCAUUGGGCGGUUCAUUGUCGCUGACCUACUAUACCUCAUUACGUGGACAGAGAAAUGAAACACAUGAUGAUGUAGAUGGUGGUGAUUCACAACAGCCUGCAGACCAUGCUGAUGAAAUACCAAUGACCACUUCUCAAUUGAACUUGACCACACAUAGCCCUGAUGCAAGUGAUGGUGGAGACAAAGCAAAGUUGAUGGUGAGAAAUUCUUCAGUCCAGAAUGCAUGCAGUGUUCUUACAGAAAUGCUACAAAGCAGUCAAGAUGCGAAACUUUGUGAAGCUGCCUUGAGAUUCUCAGAAAGGCUAACACAGGUCACCAGUUCAAGUUUACCAAAUGGAAAACUGGCCUCAGCACUCUUUGAUUUUGGACAAAGUGAGCUUUGUAGGGGCAAAGUUCAAAGUUUCGUGUUCAAAGAAGUCUGGAUCUCAUGUGAUGCAGUCAAAAACAAGACAUAUAUCAAAAUAAAUGAUAAUCAAUCUGCAGGCCUGUUGAUGUACAGUUAG